AUGCGUCUACAGAGUGUGGCGCAGGCGCUGGGUCUGCCACAAGUGCAACGGACCAAACCAGAAGGCCUCGCGGUGCGCCAUCAAAAGGUGCGGACACAUCAUUUGUUCCGAGUGCAAACCCUGAAAGGCGGUGCAAGGACGACCAAGUACAACGCACUAGAGCACAUCAAAUGGAGUGGAAUAGCCAAGUCUGCUACGCGACUACCACCGGUACCAUUAUACAACCCUUCUGUUGGUGACUAG